GUUUUCUUGAGGGACAAGGCAGGGAGCGGGCACAUCUGUCCAGAAAGAGCUGAGGAGGCCAGAGUCAGGAUGAGGGGACGGGAGAAAACAAACGGCGGAGAGCUGGGAAGAGGGAAGGAAAAAGUCCCAGCGAGCAAAGCCGUUUGAAAACAACCCGCUGGGUCAUUUCUGUCUCAUCUAACCAGACAGCGCCCUGCAUGCUACCUCACUGGAUCCUCAUGCUGAUCUGGAAAAAUCAGCAGAGCUGGACACUGCCACCCCCGGAUCAAGUCCAGAGAGAAGGCGAGGCUACAAAGCAUCUUUUCCAACUUGGGGCGAUUCCUCCAGGGCCUGUCCCCUCAUCCCCAGUCCCCUCUGAGCCCUCCAAGCCUGGGGCAGACAAAGCCAUGCCCUGGAAGCUGACAGCCCUUCUGCUCUUUCUGGCCGGGGUGGCCUCCGUGUGCCGCGCCCGGGCCAGGACGGACCUGCUCAACGUCUGCAUGGACGCCAAGCACCAUAAGGUAGAGCCAGGCCCUGAGGAUGAGCUGCACGACCAGUGCGUCCCCUGGAAGAAGAAUGCCUGCUGCUCUGCCAGAGUCAGCCACGAGCUGCACCGGGACAAGUCCUCCCUGUAUAACUUUUCCUGGGAGCACUGCGGCAGGAUGGAGCCGGCCUGCAAGCGCCACUUCAUUCAGAACAACUGUCUGUACGAGUGCUCGCCCAACCUGGGGCCCUGGUUCCAGGAGGUGAACCAGAAGUGGCGCAAAGAGCGCUUCCUGAACGUGCCCCUCUGCAAAGAGGACUGUCUGGACUGGUGGGAAGACUGCCGCACCUCCUACACCUGCAAGAGCAGCUGGCACAAGGGCUGGAACUGGAGCUCAGGAUCUAACCAGUGUCCCACGGGGACCACCUGCGACACAUUUGAGUCCUUCUUCCCCACACCUGCAGCGCUGUGUGAGGGCAUCUGGAAUCACGAUUAUAAGUUCACCAACUACAGCCGGGGCAGCGGCCGCUGCAUCCAGAUGUGGUUUGACUCGGCCGAGGGCAACCCCAACGAGGAGGUGGCGAGGUUCUACGCCUUGGCCUUGAGUGCGGGGGCCAUGUCCCUUGGGACUGGGCCUCUCCUGCUCAGCGCGGCCCUGAUGCUGACACUUGGGCUCCUUGACUGAGUCCAGCCGUCCCCAGCUUUGAUGACCAGGCUGGCCUCAACUCAGCUCCCACCAAUGAGGGAGCCCUAAGCACGCCUCAUCUGUUACCCAUCCCUCUGUCAUCAAGUUCCUGCCGUAUGGUGGGCCUUGGAGUCUCUCUGACAGCCAGUUCGAACAGGCAGAUCAACACCACUGUGUCUGAUGGGCUGUUUUGGUUGUGAGCUGGUGUGUGGCAGAGGACAGAGCCCAUAGCUUUUGGAUUCCUUCAGCUUAGAGAAAUGAGACCUGGGUUUGAAUCCCAGCUCUGCCACUCACUAUGUCAAGUGAAGCAGUUGCGCGACGGCUCUAAACCAUAGGUUCCUCCUCAAUAAAACGAAGAUAGCAACCCUUC